AAAAUAAAGGCAAAGGAGAAUGUGAUGGUCUAAAAAUAAAAUAUAGGGGUGGGGGGGGAGAGAGAGGGAGCGCAUCCUGUGGCCUUGGAUUCUUCUGGCAAAUCGUGCCUGCCUGGGCGUGGCUAAAUAUUCAGAAUAAAUUCAUUCCAUAAAAAUUGUUUUCUUUUUAACAAGGGAAGUAGAUUAACUCUGAAAAGGAGCCAUUCAGACAAGGGGUGGUCUUUUUUAUUUUUUGGUUGUGGGAUAGAAGGACAGACCUGAGGUUCUCUGAGAUGAGAUGAUGGAGAAUUGGAGAAGAGUUGAGCUGGUGUGGACACUCUUGGUUUGCGUUCUGGGAUGUGUCAAUGGUGCAACAGAUCCAAAUGAUGCUUCUGCUCUACGGGUUAUGUUCAGCAGUAUGAAUUCACCGGCGCAGCUAACACAAUGGAGUGCAAAUGGUGAUGAUCCAUGUGGGCAAAACUGGAAAGGCAUUACUUGCUCAGGCUCACGAGUUACAGAAAUUAAAUUGCCUGGUCUUGGACUUUCUGGGUCACUAGGGUACCAGCUUGACAGUUUGAAAGCAGUAACGAACCUAGACUUGAGUAAUAAUAAUCUUGCAGGCGCUUUACCUUAUCAACUUCCUCCAAACUUGCAGCGAUUAAAUCUUGCUAAUAAUCGACUUAGUGGAGGAAUCCCUUAUUCCAUUUCUCAAAUGCCUUCUCUUACAUACUUAAACCUUGGUCACAAUCAGCUUCAGAAUCAGUUGGGAGACAUGUUUGGACAACUAACUUCUCUCUCCACAUUGGAUGUAUCGUUCAACCUACUAACAGGUGACCUACCUGAGAGUUUUAGCUCACUUUCAAGUGUGAAAUCAAUGUAUUUGCAAAGCAAUCAGUUUACUGGAGCUAUUGAUGUCCUCGCCAAUCUUCCUCUUGAAAAUCUGAAUGUUGCAAAUAAUCGUUUUACAGGUUGGAUCCCUAGCCAGCUCAACAGCAUUAAUCUACAGAAGGAUGGUAACAAUUGGAACUCAGGGCCUGCACCCCCUCCUCCACCUGGUACUCCUCCAGCCCGCAAAGGCCCAAGUCAGAAAUCUGGUGGCAAUGACAGCCGAUCAGGCAGUGGUGCUGGUGGUGGCAGCAAGAAAUCAGGAAUAGGUGCUGGUGGCAUAGCUGGAAUAAUCAUAUCCAUAUUUCUUGUUGGGGGGAUAGUAGCUUUCUUUUUAGUGAAGAGAAGAUCCAGGAGGUCCUCGGAUAUAGAAAAGCUUGACAAUCAACCACUUGCCCCUCUUUCUUCUACUAAUGAUGUACCAGAAAUGAAAUCUAUGCAAACUUCCUCCACAGUCAACACAAAGAUAUUUGACACUUCAGCCUCAAUAAAUCUUAGACCUCCACCUAUUGAUCGUCACAAGUCAUUUGAUGAAGAGGAAUUUUCGCCAAAGCCUAUUGUUGUCAAGAAACCUGUUACCACUCCUAUAAAUGUGACAUCGUACUCUGUCGCAGACCUGCAGAUGGCUACUGGCAGCUUCAAUGUCGACCAUCUUCUUGGUGAGGGGUUAUUUGGACGUGUUUAUCGAGCUGAGUUUGAUGAUGGGAAGGUUGUUGCUGUGAAGAAACUAGAUUCAGCCACUCUGCCCAGUGAUAUGUCUGAUGAUUUUACAGAGAUAGUUGCAAGCAUUUCCCUGUUGCAUCAUCCGAACGUGACAGAACUAGUGGGUUAUUGCUCAGAGCAUGGACAGCAUCUGCUGGUUUAUGAGUUUCAUAAAAAUGGCUCAUUGCAUGACUUCCUGCAUCUAUCAGAUGAAUACAGCAAACCUUUGAUAUGGAACUCCCGUGUCAAGAUAGCUCUGGGGACCGCUAGGGCAUUAGAGUACCUGCAUGAAGUUUGUUCACCAUCUAUUGUUCAUAAAAAUAUCAAGUCCGUGAAUAUACUAUUAGACACAGAGCUCAAUCCACAUCUCUCAGACUCUGGCCUGGCAAGCUGUCUCCCUCAUGCAGACCAGGUACUGAACCAGAAUGCAGGUUCUGGAUACGUUGCACCUGAGGUAGCUAUGUCUGGUCAUUAUACUCUAAAGAGUGAUGUUUACAGUUUUGGUGCAGUCAUGUUGGAGCUUCUUACUGGACGUAAACCAUUUGACAGCUCAAGGCCUAGAUCAGAGCAAUCAUUGGUUCGCUGGGCAACUCCUCAGCUCCAUGACAUCGAUGCUUUAUCUAAAAUGGUUGACCCAGAACUCAAAGGUCUCUACCCCGUCAAAUCUCUCUCCCGGUUUGCUGAUGUCAUUGCUCUUUGUGUCCAGCCUGAGCCAGAGUUUCGACCUCCUAUGUCAGAAGUGGUUCAAGCAUUGGUUCGUUUAGUGCAGAGAGCUAACAUGAGCAAGAGAACAAUUGGAAACGAACAAGGUGAAACACCAAGAGCUGUCAAUCCAGACACGCAAGACUAUAUGUCUUGAACAUCGUUGCAAAAUCAUUCAUUUCUUGCGUUGUUGUCGCUGAUUGAUAGCCGUCCCCGCUUUUCCUCUCAGUUUAUCUUUGUUUAUUUUACUUACAAGUUUUUUCAACAUAAAUGUGUGUUGUAGUUGAAUGUUGGCAUAAACACAUACGAGAAUUAAAAGCCUGGUACGGUAUGUUAAAAAUGACAUGGUCUAUCUAGUGUUUGUUUUCUGGUGUUCUCUCUGUAAUGGCUUCAUGACAGUUGAUGGCAUUCUGUACAUGGUUAUACUCUCUCUUCCUAGUUAAAAAUGGUGACCAUACCUUUUCAUGA